CGUCAUUCAAGGAUUCGCUGUCGAUAUCCGAAAAGUCGAACAAGAGCGGAAGUAAAAGAUGAGAAAAAAAGAGAUAUUUUGUGUAUGAAGUUAGUUAGCUAACGUUAAAUUAUAUUAUCCUUGAAGAAACAAGUUAAAGCGGUGAUUUGCUGAAGGAAGCAUUUUCAUUCUGUUUGAUAUCGUCCGAAAUUAGAUAGUCCUCCUGGACUAAAUCGUCACUUUCUCUGAGAACAGGAACAAAGUGUCAGUAUGGAUCCAGCUCUACUGAGGGAGAGGGAGCUGUUCAAGAAAAGAGCUCUGUCCACUCCAGCUGUAGAGAAGAGACAGGCUGCCUCAGACUCUGGAUCGCACAAGAAGAAGAAGCCCAAAGUUGACAAGGAGAGCUCCUCAGGGUCCAAACACAGCGCUGAGUCUAGUAAUGGCAACUUUAACAUCAAGACGAGCUCUGGGUACAAGUUUGGCUGCCUAGCCAAGAUAGUCAAUUAUAUGAAGACAAGGCAUCAGAAUGGCGAUACACACUUCCUGACCCUAGAUGAGAUUCUGGAUGAGACCAAACUUCUUGACAUCAGCAUGAAACAGAAACAAUGGCUCAUGACUGAGGCCUUGGUCAACAACCCGAAAAUUGAUGUCCGGGAUGCGACAUAUGGCUUCAAGCCCAAGUACAACCUGAAGGACAAGAAAGCCUUACUGAGGCUGCUGGACAAACACGACCAGCUGGGCCUGGGAGGAGUGCUGCUGGACGACGUAGAGGAGGGGCUGCCCAACUCUGCCAAGGCCAUCAAGGCUUUGGGGGAUCAGAUCAUCUUUGUGACAAGACCAGAUAAGAAGAAGAUCCUAUUCUACAAUGACAAGCACUGCCAGUUUGUGGUAGAUGAAGAAUUCCAGAAACUUUGGAGGAGCGUCCCAGUUGAUUCCAUGGAUGAAGAAAAGAUUGAGGAGUACCUGAAGAAACAAGGCAUCUCCUCCAUGCAAGAAACAGGACCAAAGAAAGUGUUACCAGUUCAGAAGAGGAAGAAGCAAGGUGGGCAGAGGAAGAGACACUUCAAGACCCACAACAACCAUUUGGCAGGCGUCCUGGAGGACUAUUCAGAUGGUGUUCCUGUUAAGAAGUGAAAUCCAUUCCCUCACUGCUUCGUGCCCUCAGAGGAGUGAUGUAGAAUCUAUAAAUCAGAUAUGGCUGCAGACCCUGGCCACACUACAAUACAAAGACUUUUUCACGGCUGUCUGUUACGUCAAACAAACUAGCUUUGUUUCCUUUCUUUGCACUCCUCUCAGUGAUCAGUGGUCUUGUAUUACAUGGAGUGAAUAGCAAAUGUGUUGUGGAAUACUUUUUAGUUUGUUUACUGAUUAGCGAUAACUGAAGGACACUCGAGGAAAAGAGUACGGUGACUAUUAAGGACACUGAAUGCCCUUACCAAAACGACCAUCCUUAAAGGGGCACUGCAACAUUAGUUAAAAUGUAAAUGAGGUUGAAGUGUGUAAAUACUUUUUUCCUUCAUUUUAUUUAGUAUAUAGCAAAGAGGUGUAUGUGGAAGGUUUUAUUUGAAAGGCCAGCAGUCCUCAUCUGAUGGCUGCCUUCCAUCCUUUUAAUAGGAAUUGCAGAAGACAGGCUUGUGUUGUGCAGUGCAUUACAUUGAGGUACCUCAUCCAGCAUGAAACAUCUUGGACAUUACUUCUUGUGGAAUUUCAAAGUAUUUAAAUUCUUUCACUUUGCAGCACCAUGGCAUAUUGCUUUAAAAUACAAAACUUUUUGAACUUAUUUUAAUAAAUUACAGGAAGACUG